AUGUCUGCGGCGACCAAAGGAGCGGUGGAUUCGCCUCCCGGUUAUGUACCCCAUUUUGAUCACCCACAAGAUGUCAUACAUACUCUCAGCUUGAUCACUGUUAUUCUUGCCAUUGUAAUGGUUACCGUGUUUGUGAUGUUCAGAUUGUAUAUCAGGUUGUUCGUUGCGGGUGGCAAUUAUCGAGAUGAUCGUGAGUACCGAAGCAUAAUCAUAGAGCCUUCCUAACGAUUAGUAGCCACUUGUUUAGCUACCUGUGUCAUAGCAUGGGUUUGUCCUGCCCCUUACCUUCAUUUCAUUACAUGCGACUUAUAAAGAUUAGGCUCUUUCGUGUGGUUACUUUUCUACUGCAAUUCCUAGUAAGUUCUCCAUGCGAAUACUUCGAAGUGACUAUCUAACAUCUACAAGUGGCAUUACAUGGAGGAGGGUCAAACGAGUGGGAAGUCACACAAGAAGACAUGAUUCAAUUUAACCAGGUACUCUUCCUCCGAUCGGGGUCCUAACUCACAUUCUCGCUAAACUGAUGUAGGCAGUAUAUGGGGAUGCAAUUGUUUAUGGUCCGGCGGCAUUUUUCACUAAAGCAACAAUACUUCUCUUAUUCGCUAGAGUGUUCUCACCAUUCAGGAAGACUGUGAUAUUUAUCUACGUUUUCAUGGUGUGUAUGCUGCUCUACUAUAUACCAACUAUGGGUAUCAAAAUAGGAAUUUGCAACCCCAUAGCGGGACAGUGGGACAAGAGCAUUCCGACGAAGUGUAUCGACGAGCGGCAGGUUUUUAAAACUGACACUGUAGCGUCCGUGGGCACUGACUUGGUAGUUCUGAUUUUACCAGUGGUAUUGUAAGCACUAAGAAAGUCUCAAUAAUAGUAAACACUUAGCUUCAUGCUAACUAUUUGCACAGGACUCGGUCUCUCAGAAUGUCAAUGGAGAAGAAGCUUAAAAUCAUGGCAUUACUUGUAGCAGGUGGACUCGCAGCAGGAUCGUCCGUUGUCCGACUGGUUCUAGUUUUCCAACCUAACAGCUUCGACAACAUCACCAUUACUUUUGUACGCUUGUAUCUUUUAGCGUAUGUAUAAUAAUCACAAACAGCAUGCGUACUCACUCUGAUCAUGUAAUAAAACAGUGUUGCGGAGCUGACAAUCGGGCUAUCAUGCGCCUGCAUUCCAUCUAUAGCCGCGUUCUUCGCCAGGAAAAAGGCCGCCAAGGAGGAGGCAGGAAAACAAUAUAGCAACUCCAUCAGACUCAGUAGGAGGUGGACAUCGACAUUUGGAUCGGAACCUAAAAGGCCAAUAGCAAACACAACCAGAUCAACUUUUUUGGACUCGGACUCUGGAACAUACAUGGAAUUAGAGUGGGGGAAAAACAUGGUUACAAAUAAUUCGAUUUCUCCUACCAAGUCCUCCAACAGUCGCUUUUCCCUUCCGAUCGAAGGUACGCAAGAACGCGAGGAAUUCAAAGAUAAGACUCGCCAUUGGAGUCAGGGUGGAGCGGAUAGGGAGACUCGUCUUUGGGGAGAGCCUUGGGAUGGAAGUCAGUUUGAAUGCAUUUCACGGUUUCAAGAUGCGCAUAUGGGAACUCGGGUGUCGUUGGAUGGAACGAUUGUUGUAACUCCUUUGCAACCUAUCCCUCCAAUCCCUCCAAUCCCUCCUCUUCCUCCUCUUCCUCCUCUUCCUCCUCUUUACGGUCCCAUGUAUCAUGCGCCUCUCUCCACACCUAAUCAUGGGAGAAGAGCUGGAUCUGACAAUCCCUGGUAAUUAAUUUCACACGCGUGUUGGAUAGGAACAAAGUGAUAUACAUCUGCACCCAUGGACUGUAAUAGAACAGAAUUUGGUAAUUGGGUACACAAAUAAUAUUUUUAUCAUAU